GCUCCAAGUUGAUACUACAGCCUCGCACACUGUGUUGCGAUGUCGCGGCAGGGGAUGCUCGCUGGCCUUCUGCCGCUUUGUAGACAGCGUCAUAGUCUUGUAGGAGCAUCAUGUAGCUCCUGGCGCUCAUUCUCCGCCACCGAGACUGACGCGGGACCAUCCUCAUCGGGGCGAGUCGCUCACCUAACGUCACGCGGCGUGCUGCUGGCGGAAGGGCCGCAGGCUCUGACCUUUCUGCAGGGCAUGGUCACCAACGACGUGCGGCCGCUGCAGACAGCUGGCCCGGCCGAGCCGCCUGUGUACGCCACGGUCCUGACGCCCAAGGGGAAGUUCCUGCACGACCUGUUCAUCAGCCGGCACCCGGACAUGCCUGACGCCCUGCUCCUAGAGGUGGAUGCCGCCGGGGCGACGGCGGCCAUGCAGCUGCUGAACAAGUACAAGCUGCGGCGGCCGGUGACCUUUCGCGACGUCAGCGCGCAGUACCGCGUCAUGGCGGCGUGGGGCGCAGCCGGAGCAGCUGGCGGCGGAGCCGGAGCAGGGGGUGGAGCAGGAGCAGGAGCAGGAGCAGGAGCAGGAGGUGGAGGUGGAGGUGGCGGCGGCACUCCGCCACGGGGCCCCUGGUGGCGGCCGGACCCGCGCCUGCCGCAGCUGGGCUACAGAGCGCUAGUGCCGGCGGCGGACGUGGCGGCGGCGGCAGCAGCGGCGGGAGGCGCCGCCGGGGAGGAGGCCUACCGGGCGUGGCGCUACAGCCUGGGCGUGGCGGAGGGCGAGGCGGAGAUACCCGCGGGCCAGGCCGCCCCCCUGGACUUCAACGUGGACGUGCUGCGCGGCGUGUCGUACACCAAGGGCUGCUACGUGGGCCAGGAGCGCAACAGCUUCACGCACUACCGCGGCGUCAUCCGCAAGCGACUCAUGCCUGUGCGGCUUGAAGCGACGGCAGCGGCGGGGCCAGGUCCUGCACUUCCCGCCGUGGGCCUGGACGUUCUUGACGCCGCCACGGGGAAGAGCGUGGGGCAGCUGCGCGGGGCGGCAGCUUCCUCCACCUGCUCAUCCGCGGCGGCAUCCGGGCAGGCCAGCUCCAGCAGUAGCAGCACCAGCACCAGUAGCAGUAGCAGUAGCAGUAGCACCGGGAGAGCGAGCGGUGCGGGGUGGGGCAUUGCCUACCUCAAGUUGGAUACGGCGCUUGCGGCGGCGGAGGGCCGCGGGGAGCUGGUGGUGGCGACGGCGGCGACUGGUGCGGCGGCGGCGGCAGGGGCGGGGAGUGAGGCAGCAGGUGCGGGUGUGGGUGCGGGUGCGGCAUGGCGGGUGGUGCCUGUGCGGCCAGUGUGGUGGCCGGCGGAAUGGGGCUAUGAGGAGACAGGUGGGCGACCCAGCUAGCGAACAGCCGUAACGAAUGCAUGGAAUACGCUGCUGCUGCUGGUGGUGGUGGUGGUGGUGGUGGUGGUGGUGGUGGUGGUGGUGGUGGUGGUGGUGGUGGUGGUGGUGGUGGGAAAGGAAGGAGGCACAGGGUAUGGGCAGACCACUCGCGGGUGGACGGCACCUUCUGGCACGGGGGAUUCGGUGCAACACCCUCGUAU